GCGUGCCGAGACCUCGGCCUCGCAGACUGCUGGGACGGCCGGUGCGCGGAGGCCCCGCGGGAGUGCUGCACGACGUUCAACGCGAGGACCUACCUGCAGCCGCAGCUCAACAAGGCGGUGAGCCGGAGCGCCGCGGCAGCCGAUCCCAACACUGACAAGAACCCCAAGGACUACAUCCUCUUCGACGCCCAGCAGCUGGAGUCCGACGGAGCGCCCUUGCGCGACAACCAGGGCGUGCGCGGAAGCUUCGACCCGGACGCGCCCUUCCCAACCCUGCGGUUCCCCUCGGACCACGCCGCGCUCCUGUCCCGCCUGCGCCCCAAGCAGGCUCUGGCGUGA